AUGCGCUACUACCCGUCGCUCGCGCUCAACUUCGCGUUCAAGGACUACUAUCGCGUACUCUUCGCCCCCUCGCACCUACUCACAGAUCCUUCCGCCACGCGAAUCGCAGCAGGAAACUUCCUGGCAGGCGCAGCUGCAGGAGCCACUAGCCUCCUAGUCACGUACCCCCUAGACGUGGCGCACACGCGCCUAGCCACCGAUAUAGGCACGCGCAGGCAGUUUGGAGGUAUGCGAUCCGUUAUAGCGGCGCUCUGGCGGGCGGAGGGUAUCCGAGGCUUAUAUCGCGGAUUUCCUGCGUCUGUGCAUGGGAUUAUCGUGCAUAGGAGUCUGUACUUUGGCGGGUUCGAUAGUGCCAAGCAGCUGCUGUUGAAGGGUCACGGCGGAGGGCGGGGAGGAGGAGAGGGAGGAAGAGGGGACGGAGGAGAUGGAGGAGGAGGGGGAGGAGGGGCAGCGCUAGUAGGGGGAGGAACGAGUGGAGCAAACAGUGAGGUGAUGAGAGGAGAAAAGAGAAGGGCUGGAGAGGAGGAUGGGGGUGGGAAUGGGGACGGUUUGGGGCACGCGCCGUUCUGGUUGAAAUGGAUGUUGGCACAGGCAGCAACGACCACGGCUAGUGUGGUGUCUUACCCGUUUGACACCGUGCGACACCGCAUGAUGAUGCAAGCUGGGCUUGCAAAGCCGAGGAGAGGCGAAGCAGGGCGAGCAGGGUCGGCAGGGGGAGGUGGAGGAGGAGUAGGAGGAGUGGCAGCGGUAGCAGCAGGAGCAGAAGCAGCCGCAGCAGGAGCAGGAGCAGGAAUGGGAUUAGCUGCAGCCGUUGCAGGAGCUCAAGCAACGCCUGGUGUGAAUCCUGCUGUUGCCACCAGCAUGCAUGUUGCACAAGCACCCAACGUGCGAGUGUCCGCGCCAGCUCCCUGUCCCUUAAGCCACUCGUUCGACAGCCACCCGCUACAGCACGUGCAGCUGCAGAGCCCUGCACUCAGUCAACCAGGUCAACAGAGUCUACUGAGUCAAGCAGGUCAACUGGGUCAACCGAGUCAACUGAUUCAUCUGGGUCAAAUUAGUCAAAUGAGUCAACUGGGUCAAGCUGGUCAACUAGGUCAAACAGAUCGAGCAGGUCAACCCAGUCAACCCAGUCGACCGGGUCAACCACAGGGCAAGGCUCAACAGCACCAGCAACCUCAGCAGCAGCAACCGGGACGAAAGAUAGUGGUGUUCAAGAGCACGUGGGCGUGCUGGAAGCACGUGUAUCGGCAGGAGGGGGUGCUGGGGUUCUAUAAGGGGCUCUUCAGCAAUAUCCUGAGAGGCGCUGGGGCGGCAUUCAUUCUCGUCAUGUACGACGAGGUUCGGCAGUUUGUGCACGGGGAUAAGGCACUGUAA